GGCCUGUGGGCCGCGUAGGCCGGUAGGUGCCGGCUGGAGGUUUGAACUUCCGGACCCUGGAAGGGGUCCUGGCGCAUCAGGGGUUGAAGGCAGGAUCCUGGGUUUGGGAGAAAUGGGCAUAAAGGGGUGACUGGACCCAGGACUUCUGGGUGGUUGAGAUGCGCAACUGCCCCGUCUAGACUAUGGACCCUGAAGUGUCCCUGCUGCUGCAGUGCCCCGCAGGUGGGCUGCGGGAGGAGCAGGUGCAGGCUGAGCUGAGCCCAGACUACGACCGUCGCCCACUACCAGGAGGGGACAAGGCCAUUGCUGCCAUCUGGGAGAGCCGGCUGCAGGCUCAGCCCUGGCUCUUUGACGCCCCCAAGUUCCGCCUGCACUCAGCCAUCCCGGCCCCCGCUGGCUCACAGGGGCCACUGCUGCUCCUGCGCCUGGGCCUGACUUCCUACCGAGACUUCCUGGGCACUAACUGGGCCAGCUCAGCUGCCUGGCUGCGACAGCAGGGAGCCACUGACUGGGGUGACAAGCAGGCCUACCUGGCAGACCCGCUGGGGGUUGGCGCCAUACUGGCCACUGCGGAUGACUUCCUAGUCUUCCUGCGUCGCUCUCAGCAGGUGGCAGAGGCACCUGGGCUGGUGGACGUGCCUGGUGGGCACCCUGAGCCUCAGGCCCUGUGCCCUGGCGACAGCGCCCUGCACAAAGAGCUCCCUGGGGAGCUAGUGGUGCACGAGCUCUUCUCCAGUGUUCUCCAGGAGAUCUGUGAUGAGGUGAACGUGCCCCUGCACACCCUGAGCCAGCCACGGCUAUUGGGCAUUGCCCGCAAUGAGACCAGUGCCGGCCGUGCCAGUGCCGAGUUCUACGUCCAGUGCUGCCUGACUUCUGAGCAGGUGAAGACUCACUAUGUGAGUGGGGGAGCUGAGGCCCACGAGUCUACAGGAAUCAUCUUUGUGGAGACACAGAGGGUGCGGAGGCUGCAGGAGACCGAAAUGUGGGCUGAGCUCUGCCCCUCGGCCAAAGGCGCUAUUUACCUCUACAACUGGGUCCAGGAAGUCCCCCCUGAGUCGCCCUAGUCCCCAACCCUAUCACAAAUUGAAAGACAAUAAAGGACUUUAUUCUUGGA